AUGGUACAGGGAUUCUCGGAGAGACGGCCCUCCACAUCGCCACCCUCUACGCAAACUACGAAGCGAGUUGGUGAACAGGUCACCCACAUCAGAAUCCAAAACACAGGUGAUUACUAUGACCUCUACGGAGGGGAGAAAUUUGCCACCUUGUCCGAGCUGGUGCAGUACUACACCGAACAGGAAAAUAUCCUGCAGGAUAAAGACGGCACCAUCAUCGAACUCAAAUACCCCAUGAACUGCUCGGAUCCCACCAACGAGAGGUGGUACCACGGACAUGUCUCGGGCAGCACAGCAGAGAAAUUGCUUGGGGAGAAGAAAGUUCCCUGGAUGUACCUCGUCCGAGAGAGUCUCAGCAAUCCAGGAGACUUCGUCCUCUCUGUGGCAAUCGAUGGACAGAAAGAUUCCGAUGGAGAAAUGAGACAGAAAGUCACACACAUCAAAAUCAUGUGUCAGGAUGGUAAAUACACCGUCGGAGGUCCAAACAAAUUUGAUUCGCUCACAGACCUGGUGGAAUAUUACAAACAGUCUGUCAUCGAGCAGCUGGAUGGAACAAAAGUCCAUUUAAAACAGGUACCGAUCCACCCACAUCAUCCCACAUACAGGAGUGUGUGA